GGAUGCUAUCAGCAAUUGAGUUCAAUUGGGGUUGAAUGAACAUCAUGUAAACCUGAAUGGAUUUAAACCAAGGAGUGGUUAUUUAUUUUGCUCCAACAUCCUCCAGUUUUCUUCUGGAUUUAUUCAUCCAAAAUGCGGAAGAUGGUUCCAGUUGUGUGCUUUGCGACGAUGUUGCUCCAGGUGGCUCACUCGGCUCAGGGCCGGUACGCUCAACAGCUGCUCACCGACCUGAUGGAGAACUACUCAAACGCCCUGCGGCCGGUGGAGGACACAGACAAAGCCCUGAACGUCACCCUGCAGAUCACUCUCUCCCAGAUCAAAGACAUGGAUGAGAGGAACCAGGUAUUGAUAGCGUACCUGUGGAUCCGUCAGACGUGGCACGAUGCCUACCUGAGGUGGAACAAGGAGGACUACGAUGGCCUGGAGGUCAUACGGAUCCCCAGCAGCCUGGUGUGGAGGCCUGACCUCGUCCUCUAUAACAAGGCGGAUGAUGACUUCUCAGGGCCGCUAGACACGAACGUGGUGCUGCGCUAUAAUGGGGAGAUUACAUGGGAUGCUCCGGCCAUCACCAAGAGCUCCUGUGUGGUGGACGUGUCCUACUUCCCCUUCGACAGCCAGGAGUGCAACCUCACCUUCGGCUCCUGGACAUACAACGGCAACCAGGUUGACAUAGCCAUGGGCAUGGACAGCGGGGACCUGUCUGAUUUCGUGGAGAACGUUGAAUGGGAAUGCCACGGCAUGCCGGCCACCAAGAACGUCAUUAUGUACGGCUGCUGCUCCGACCCCUACCCUGACAUCACCUACACCGUUCUGCUCCAGCGCCGCUCCUCCUUCUACAUCUUCAACCUUCUCCUGCCUUGCUUCCUCAUCUCCUUCCUGGCUCCGCUGGGCUUCUACCUGCCGGCUGACUCUGGGGAGAAGGUGUCCUUGGGGGUCACCGUGUUGCUGGCCCUGACCGUCUUCCAGCUCAUGGUGGCCGAGAGUAUGCCGCCGUCUGAGAGUGUGCCGCUUAUUGGAAAGUACUACAUCGCUACCAUGACGAUGAUCACAGCCUCCACGGCUCUCACCAUCUUCAUCAUGAACAUCCACUUCUGUGGGGCCGAGGCCAAACCCGUCCCCCACUGGGCCAAAGUCCUCAUCAUCGACUACAUGUCCAAGAUCUUCUUUGUCUACGAGGUGGGAGAGAACUGUGCCACUGCCACCUCUUCCUCCUCCUCCUCCUCUUCCUCAUCACAUUUUGGCCAGGACGAUGUCCACCAACCCAACUUCAGCCCCCACCGCCAGGCCAAUGGGAAGCCGGGGGGCAACAGCGGGCGAGAGAACCAGUACCGCCACAAACACCCCAGACCCCAGACUCCUGGACCUCAACGUCACCCCAAGCCCCGACACCAACACCACAUCACCAGAGACGAGAAGAACCAUCUCUCCAGCUCCAAAUACGAGGGCUUUGAGUCCAACAGGAACCUCCCCCUGGGGGACUGCUGCAAGGAGGCUCCGCCCUGCUGUCCGGAGGAUGAAAAGACAGCCGUGGUCGCUGCUGCGGUGGCCUCAGUAACCUUUGGCCCCUGUGUGUUCUGUAGUCACGGCAGCAGCUUACCCGGGGUGGACUCCAAGCUGGUGCGGAACGUGGAGUACAUUGCCAACUGCUUCCGGGAGCAGAGGGCCACCUGCGCCAAGGGGGCGGAGUGGAAGAGGGUUGCCAAGGUGAUGGACAGGUUCUUCAUGUGGAUCUUUUUCAUUAUGGUCUUCCUCAUGAGCAUUCUGAUCAUCGGCAAGGCACCAUGA